AUGAAGAUUUUGCAUGAAAUGAACUAUAUAAUCCAUAUUCAUCACUAGCACUAAUGGAUCUGAGACUGUAUGAAGCUGCAAGAACGGGAAAUACUAGUUCACUUCGUGCACUACUUGAUGAGGAUCCACUUAUUCUUGAACGAGGUUCAUUAGACAGCAUAGCAGAGACUUGCCUGCAUGUUGCAGCACUAGCUGGGAGUGUGGAUUUUGUGAAAGAGAUUAUGAGUUUUAAGCCUGAAUUGGCUGAGAGGAUCAAUAGGGAUGGGUUUAGUCCAAUUCACAUGGCUUCGGUAAAUGGAUAUGUAGACAUAGUGAAAGACCUUUUGAUGAGUAACAAAGAACUGAGUCGACAAAAGAGUGCUGAUGGAAGAACAGCUCUCCAUUUUGCUGCUAUCACAGGGAGGGUAGAUGUAUUGAGGACGCUCAUCAACAGUUGUCCUGAAUGUAAGGCUGAUUUGACAGAUCAAGAUGAGACUGCACUUCACAUUUCAUUGAAAAACAACCAGGUUGAAGCUUUCGAAAUGCUUUUGGGAAAGCUUAAGGAGAUCAACGCUGAAGAAGUAAAGAGGCUUGUGAAUGCUAAGGACUGUGAUGGCAACACAAUUUUACACAUUGCAGUUGCUAGGAAGCAAUUUCGAGUAGCAAAACUGUUGCUUGACCUGGAAGUGGAAGUGAAUUCCGAAAAUAAAAGUGGUUACACAGCCCUGGAUAUGUUAUUCCAUUCAAGACGAACCGUGGAUGAUGCUAUGGAUCAUGAGAUUCGCAAGAUGCUUCAAAAAGCAGGGGCACAUAGAAGUCAUCAGGAUAUAAUUGAGGCUUCUACUUCAACAGUUGCUACUCAUCAAGACGAUCGACAAACAAAUUUUGAUUCUUAUCAAGAUGGAGAAAAUAAUGCCACUAGUCAUCACCUUCCUGAAAACAAUCUAACCCCAAAAAUGUGUAAUGACUGUGACCUUUGGAUGCCUUGGAAAUUUAUAGUCAAGGAGGUUUCAUUUGUCUGGAAGAUGUGGUCAACUUUAAGCCAAGAAAUUGAAAACUCAAAGCCAGAAAUGCAAAAUGCACUGAUGGUGGUGGCUGUUUUGAUUGCAACCGUCACCUACCAAUCGGUUCUUAGCCCUCCAGGUGGAUAUCGACAAUUUGAUUCAAAAGAAGAUCCAAAUCCAGUACAUUCAUCUGGAAUAGCUAUCAUUGCAUCUGAUGCAAUAAUGUUUCUUUUUGUAAUAUUUUUCAGCUCGAUCGGGUUUUUCGUUUCUGUUGUCAUAAUCCUCAUGCUCACCAGAGAGUUCCCUCUUAAACUGUUGUUGCGGGUUGCUGUACUUGCCGUGUCUGCAGAUUUUGUCUGUACAAUAGUGUACAUAGCACCUAUAGAAUUUAACGUCAUAUAUAUAGUGGUAAUGGUCAUGUUUGUUCUUGUGGGGAUACACCUUCUUUACUUCAUGUUAUGGAUGUUAAGUAGGUAUAAAAGGGCUGGAAGAAGGCAACCUGAAUGUUAG